AUGAAAUCUCUUCCUGCUGACCUACUUACCCAUAUUCUUGAACCACUGCAGAAUGAUUGGAAAUCACUAAAAAAUUGUUUAUUUGUUAGCCGCUUUUGGUAUCGUACUUCUUCACGAAUAUUUUGGAGGAAUCCAUUUGCUAUACUUCUUAAAAUUGAUUCCAGUAAUAAUAAUCAAAAUCGUCGAAAAGAAAGUCUAAUUUUAACAUACACAAUGUGUUUAUUACCCGAGGAAAAAUCAGCAUUAAUCAAAAUUUUAUUUCCUUUUAAAGAUCAUGUAAUCCUACGUCAACUGAUUAUCUGCAUUAAUCGUAGAGAUUUGUCACAUCCGACAUUGCGAUACGAGAGAUACUUGGAAACUUUAAAUGACACUUCAUUAUUUAGUGCCAUAAAAUCUACUUUUGAGCCUUUAAAUAGAAGAGGAAAAUCGACAGCAUGCGAAGAAAUCCAAACAUUUCAAAUAUUUAUAAAAAUGUUUAUUAAUCGUGCAACGAAUUUCCGACAAAUUGGUCUAGAAACCAUAUUCACAAAAAACCCCUUAUUCAUAAGCAUGGCAGAUGACAUAAUACAAACAAUCUCACGAUAUCAAAAAAAAAUUUACUCGAUUUCUUUACUAUUUAAACCAUUAUUGCAUAAUCACUAUAUACCGAACCCACCUGAUAACAACAGUUGCACAACAAUAAAUUUGGACAUGAUAAUCACAUUAAUUAAAUCACAGCGCAAUUUAGAAAAUUUUUGGAUAGAAUCUGCACGUGAUGAAGAUUUAACAAAAGUUUUAUUCGCAUUACGACAACAUUCGAAUACUUUACAGACAUUAGUGUUUACGAAAUGUUCGUUUUCGCGACGUGUUCCGUCUGAUUACUUUGAAACUUUUGUGAAUUUGCGAGAAUUGGUAUUUUCAAAAUCGGAUGGUGUGGAACGUAGUUGGUUGGUAUGUGUAUCGCCAGAAACUUGA